AUGGCCGCCAACCAGAAUGGAAGUUUUGCGUCGCCCCUAGCCGAUGCGAAGGCCUCACAAAUCUUGGGAAGCCCCCAGCUCGAUGGCAUACUAUCCAAGGUUUCCGAGCUCAGUGGGUGGACAAUCGCCUUGACCAUCAUCGCUGUUCUCGUCGCAUACGAUCAAUGUAGCUACCUUUGGCAGAAGGGAUCAAUUCCUGGCCCAGCGUUUAAAAUCCCCUUCAUUGGACCCUUUCUCGAGUCCGUGAACCCGAAGUUCGAGGGGUACAAGGGCAAAUGGGCCAGUGGUGAGCUGAGCUGCGUGUCUGUCUUCCACAAGUUUGUCGUUAUAGCCUCUACCCGUGAAAUGUCGCGUAAGGUGUUCAAUUCACCCUCUUUCGUCAAACCGUGUGUAGUCGAUGUCGCACACAAGCUCCUGGGUGCCACCAACUGGGUGUUCUUGGACGGCAAGGCACACGUCGAUUUCCGCAAAGGUCUCAACGGCCUUUUCACUCGCAGGGCCCUCGAAAUCUACCUACCUGGUCAAGAGGACGUCUAUAACGCAUACUUUGCAAGGUUUCUGAAGGUUUCGAAGGAUGCUGGAAACAAGCCUGUUCCGUUCAUGUCAGAGUUCCGUGAGGUUAUGUGUGCCGUUUCGUGCCGAACUUUCGUUGGUCAUUACAUUUCAGAUGAAGCCAUCAAGAAGAUUGCCGAUGACUACUAUCAUAUAACUGCCGCAUUGGAGCUUGUCAAUUUUCCCAUUAUCAUCCCUUUCACGAGGACCUGGUAUGGUAAGAAAGCAUCUGACAUGGUUUUGGAAGAGUUUACAAAGUGCGCUGCUAAGAGCAAAGUACGCAUGGCUGCCGGAGGCGAUAUUACGUGUAUUAUGGAUGGGUGGGUUAAAUCUCAGAUCGAUUCUGCCAGAUAUCGGGAGCGCCAAGAGAAGGGCCUUUCAAUGGAAGGCAUUGAAAAGCCACCCCACAUGCUCCGUGAUUUCACCGACUUCGAGAUUGCCCAGACCGUAUUCACGUUCCUGUUUGCGUCCCAAGAUGCUACUAGCAGCGCUUGCACCUGGCUAUUCCAAAUUACGGCUCAACGACCUGACGUUCUUGAUAAGAUUCGCGAGGAGAACCUGCGCGUACGUGGUGGUGACAGAGAUGUUCCAGUGACAAUGGAGAUCCUUGAUGAAAUGGUCUACACUCGUGGCGCGGUUAGAGAACUAUUGAGAUACCGACCUCCAGUCAUCAUGGUUCCAUAUCUAGCGAAGAAGGCAUUCCCAAUUACAGACUCUUACACUGUCCCUAAAGGUGCCAUGAUUAUUCCAACAACCUACCCAUCUCUCCAUGAUCCUGAGAUUUAUGAGAAUCCUGAUGUUUAUGAUCCUGACCGUUAUGUUACGGGUGAUGCCGAGGUCAAGGGCGCGAAGAACUUCCUGGUAUUCGGAACGGGACCACAUUACUGCCUGGGCCAAGUAUAUGCUCAAAACAACCUGGCUCUUAUGAUCGGAAAGGCCGCGAUGCAUCUAGACUGGGUUCAUCACGCAACUCCGCUUUCAGAAGAGAUCAAGGUGUUCGCGACUAUCUUCCCACAGGAUGAUUGUCCUUUGACAUUUACCUCGCGUCCAUCAUAA